ACAUUUUCAUUUUCCCACUCUUUUCGUCCAAAACCAAAACAGUACACAUAAUGCUAUUAAUUAUCAUCUCUUUCCUUCUUUCUUUCUUCUUUAAUUUUCUUUUGCUGCAACUGCUAGGGUUUUAAACUCAAAAUCCCAAAAUCAAAACUCAAAGCUCACUCUUCACUCAAUCAAAGCUAAAGCUCCAAUCUCACUCGUCACUCACUCACUCACGGCUCAAGGAGGGAGGCUCACGACUCUCACUCUCUUCUCUAGUCUCUCCAUUUUCCAUUAAAGUCCCAAACUCUCUUCUCUUCAAGCAUCAUCUGAGAAUGAAAGAUUGAAGGCGUUUCUUUACAAGACAGAGACAAGACUGGUAUUGUUUCAGGUGCUUUUGUAACAGAUCUGAUUAAAUUUUGAAUUGGUUUGUGUUGGAUUGGCUUGCAUUACUACUCCUCCAAGUCCAACAGCAACAGGUUUAUGUUUCAGGGUGUUUACAGGAAUCUAAUGGGUUCGAAAGCUGAAAUUCUUGAAGAGAAGCUGACAUCUUUGCUUGGUCAGCUUCAAACAGAGUGUGGCAUUCUUGAAAGAAUGGUCUACAAAAACAAGAACCAGCAUAGGCGUUGCUCUUAUUUCCAAUACUUACUCAAGGUAAGGAGAGAUUUGAGAGUUCUACAGUCAGUUAAGUUGGGAGAAAUUCUGAGUUCUUGCUUCCAAGCUAUCACAGGGAAGAGGCCUAAACGAAAGAUUCAUCUAUUAGAAAGUUUGAAGAGAGGAAAAUUUGAAGUUGAAAACUAUCAUUUUAUGGAGCGUCUGUUAGGAGCUGCUCGCCUUCUGUCUCAGAUGGUUGAGCCAAUGCUGAAGGCAGCUGUUGAGAUAUCUGUCUUGCUCGCUCAAUCGUUCUUCAUGGGAUUUUGUUUGACGAUUUUGGCUUUGCUUGCACGAAUUCGAGUUUUGGCUCAACAGAUAUUACUUGAUGUUGUUUCAGUAUUCAAUACGGUUUCUUCUCUCUCAAGAAAGAAGCAUUCUGUAAAAAUAACUGAAGAUGGACUUGAGGUUUUCAGGGAGGUUUUCCCAACAAAAGAGGAAUUUCUUACUUUGGAAUGUGUGUGGGAAUCAGAUAAAUUCAUAUUAGUUGAACGGAUGCAAAAGAGUAAUAUUGCAACUCAUGAAGUAUUAGAACAAAGUUCUUCACAUCCAUCAUCUGUACAGUAUAAAAGUAUUGAUUCUUUUCUUGGAGAAGGUGAGCUUCCUUCCAAGGGAGUGGAUGAAGAAUGCACAAUCGAAAAAAAUCCAACUCGUGUUAGUGAGAAUACAGCUGAUAUGCUUCCAAGCCCUUCCAUUAGAGACGAGAAGGAGAGGCUAGGUGAAGAUUGUCCAAAGGUAGGAGAAGAUGCAUCAAGCAUUGCAGAUAGGGAUAGCCCUGGCAAUAAAGUCCAUCAAGGUGACUUGCUUUCAUGCUCAAGUUUUUCUUCCAAUACUUUGAAACCGAAGCCUAUGUCAAGAAAAGUGGCUUUUGUAGCGGUUAAAAAUCCAGUUCCAUUGACAACAAAUGCAACGGGAACUGAUUUUAAGGGAGCUGAAAGCAAGAGUGGUGACAAGGAAGACUCGUUUUUCAGCUUACUAACUGGUGGAGAUGCUAAAGAUAGUCUGUUUUGAUAUCUCUUCAAUAUUUGCUUUAUUCCUUUGCUGCUUGAUCUAGUGAAUUUUAAGAAAAAUCUUUUAUUUUCUUAUUAUUAGAUCAAUUUUAAGCCAUUGGAAUAUGAACAAUGCUAACAUAUUCUUAGAUUCUACAAAAUUUAUUAUUAUAAUUACCCAAUUCAAAAUGAUAGUGUUUUGAAAAUAUUUGUGGAGAUUCUGGAGAAA